CUACAUUCAACCAAAGUCAUCUGUCAUCACUCAUCUCUGUUUUCGAUAUUUUAGAUUUGUCUUCAAUUUCGACUUAUUUUGCAUUUUGUUACGCUUUGUGAUCGUAAUUAGAAGAAAAAUGAUACUGUAUAAUAAAAUCCAUACGAAAAAUUUCUUCUGAGAUCUUCGCCACACAUCACAUAACGAAGAUUUUAUGUCUCUUUCAUAAAGUCGCAAAAAUCGAAUACUUGCAUUCGCUACAAAAUGUGAAUUGGUGAAGGUCAUUUCAUAAUUCGUACGUCUUUAUGUCGUCGUUGCCAAACUGAAGUGAGUCCCGAGUAUUUUUCCGUAAUCCGUAUCGUGCGACUAGACAGUGAGUAAGAACGCGAGGCGUGUCGCGUACCUUUACGUAACCAACUUAGUUUGCUAUUAGGUCCAUAGUAAAGGAUUUAAUCGAUCCCGGUGGUGUCCUCAAUUCGGAUCCGUCACAGUAGCCUGUCCGCGUCUGCCCGAGGAACCCGUCACUACUUAUCAAAAUGAUUUCCGCUAUCUGUUCGAGGACGGUGUUCCGGGCGCGCUCGCUGGAGCGCUGCGCGUCCAGCGUGGUGGAGCUUCCGAAGCUCGAGGACUUCGACGUGAAGAACGAGCCCGUGCUCGGCUACCGCGCUGGCAGCCGCGAGCGCACCGAGCUCGUCAACGAGCUGAAGCGGACCGCCGCCGUCACCGAGGAGGUGCCCAUCGUCAUCGGCGACGAGAGCAUCAAGGAAGGCGAGCCGCUGUACCAGGUGAUGCCGCACGACCACGGCCGCAAGAUCGCCAAGUACUACUACGCGGGCGAGAAGACUAUCCAGAAGGCGAUCCAGGUGUCGGUGGAGGCGCAAAGGCGAUGGGACCGCACGCCGUUGGAAGAGCGCGUCCGCAUCUGGCACCGCGCCGCCGACCUCAUGGCUGGCGCGCACCGCCAGCGCCUCAACGCCGCUACCAUGCUGGGCCAGUCCAAGACCGCUGUGCAGGCGGAAAUCGACUCUGCGGCCGAACUCAUCGACUUUAUCCGUUUCAACGUGUUCUUCUUGAAGGAAAACGCCAAAUACCAGCCCAUCUCCGAGAACCCCUCCGUUACUAGGAACUCUCUGAGGUUCCGUGGCCUGGAUGGCUUCAUUGCUGCCAUCAGUCCAUUCAAUUUCACUGCAAUUGGAGGCAAUUUAGCAUACACCCCUGCCCUUAUGGGUAAUGGCGUGCUGUGGAAGCCAUCUGACACUGCACUGCUUUCCAACUGGCGCAUCUUUAACAUUAUGAGAGAAGCUGGUCUACCACCUGGCAUUGUCAACUUUGUCCCAGCCGACGGGCCCACUUUUGGACGGACAAUCACAACUUCACCAUUUUUGGCCGGCGUCAACUUUACAGGAUCAGUUCCCACAUUCAACUGGCUGUGGAAUGAAGCAGGCAAAAAUCUUAAUCGCUAUCGAAACUACCCUAGAUUAAUUGGAGAAUGUGGGGGAAAAAACUAUCACUUCAUUCAUCCUUCUGCUGAUGUGCAAACUGUUGUGACCUCUACUAUUAGGUCAGCAUUUGAAUACUGCGGGCAGAAGUGUUCCGCUUGCUCAAGAAUGUACGUUCCAAGAUCUCUUUAUGAACCUAUAAAGCAAGGUCUGCUGGAAGAACGCUCCAAACUGAAAAUUGGUGAUCCUACCGACUUCAAAGUCUUUACAGGGGCUGUCAUUGAUGACAAAGCCUUUGCCCGAAUAACUGGUUACAUUAAAAAUGCUAAGCAAAAUCCUAAGAACAAAAUACUUGGAGGUGGUGAAUUUGAUAGCAGCAAGGGCUACUUUGUGCAACCCACCAUUAUUGAGACCACUGAUCCACAUGAUAAAUUGAUGAUAGAGGAAAUCUUUGGACCUGUUCUCACAAUGUAUGUGUAUGAAGAUAAAGAUUUACCAAAAGCAUUGGACCUUGUAGGCUCAUCAACUAAAUUUGCUUUAACUGGUGCAGUGUAUGCAACAGAUCAAAAAUUCCUAGACACAGCCCUGGAGGAGCUCAAGAUGACAGCAGGUAAUUUCUAUUUAAAUGAUAAAUCCACUGGCUCUGUGGUGGGGCAGCAACCUUUUGGCGGCGGCCGCAUGUCUGGCACGAACGACAAAGCUGGCGGACCAACUUAUGUCAUGCGCUGGACCACACCACAGUCUAUCAAAGAAACAUUUGUGCCUCUCCGCGACAUUGACUACCCUUACAUGAGAGAUUAAUGUGAAAAAACAGGGCAUUCACAUCAAUGCUCUUAAUAUUCAAGUUAUCAGUACAAUAAUAAUUACUAAUCAAGUUAUGCAAGCUUUCUAAUGUAGGAUUAUUGUUAUAAGUAAAUUAAAUAAUA